AUGCCAAGCUUAAUUGUGAAACUCUACAGUGUCUUCUUCAAAUAUCAACAAAAACACCUCUUGCAAACCCUUUCCCAAACUUCUCUCAAUCAGAAACCUGACCCAUUUGGCGUAACGUCUCGACCCCACGAAUCCAUUGCCGCUAGCAACCCUGCUUUUACUGACGGUGUUGCCACCAAAGACAUCCAUGUCGACCCCCUCUCUUCUCUUUCCCUCCGCAUUUUUCUGCCUGACACAGCUGUCACCUCUCCGUUGCCUUCUACGCAUGAUUACGCCGGCUAUUUGCCUCCCCCAGGUAACUUUCACCGGAAGUUGCCUGUGAUGCUGCAGUUUCACGGUGGCGGGUUUGUGAGCGGAAGCAAUGAAUCGGCAGGAAACGAUACGUUUUGCAGGAGAAUAGCCAAAUUGUGUGACGUUAUUGUCGUGGCUGUUGGGUAUAGAUUGGCACCAGAGACCAAGUAUCCAGGGGCUUUUGAAGAUGGGUUCAAGGUUCUGAAUUGGUUAGCAAAACAGGCUAAUUUGGCUGUUUGUGGGAGAUUGGAUGACCAAAACCAUAUUUUUGAUAGCUUUGGUGCUUCCAUGGUUGAGCCUUGGUUGGCUGCUCAUGGAGAUCCUUCCAGAUGCGUAUUGCUUGGGGUGAGCUCUGGUGCUAACAUAGCAGAUUAUUUGGCGCGAAAGGCUGUAGAAGCUGGAAAGUUAUUGGAUCCUGUUAAGGUGGUGGCACAAGUCCUCAUGUUUCCUUUCUUCAUUGGAAGCACUCCCACGCGUUCUGAGGUUAAGCUAGCAAACUCUUAUUUCUAUGACAAGGCUAUGUGCAAGGUGGCAUGGAAACUCUUCCUACCUGACGAACAAUUCAACCUAGAUCACCCAGCUGCCAACCCUUUAAAUGCUGGGAGACAGAGACUUCUUAAGUACAUGCCACCAACACUAACAGUUGUGGCAGAGCAUGAUUUUAUGAGAGACCGGGCCAUUGCUUACUCAGAGGAACUGCGAAAAGUUAACGUGGAUGCACCUGUUCUUGAUUAUAAGGAUGCUGUGCAUGAGUUUGCUACACUUGACGUGGUUCUCCAGACACCACAGGCCCAGCCCAAAGAGAAAAGAAAGAAUGGAGAGAUGAGGAGCAUUAUUGUAUUACGGGAACCAGACCGUCCAGCUGGUUGUCCUAAUUAG